AUGACCUGCCGAGCAGAAAGCGGUGGGUUGUGGCGGACGACCUACCCCACGUCGUUACCUUCCGCCCACCCCCGCCUGCCCCGGCGGCUCACCCAGCACCGCACCCAGAGUCGCCAGCAGCAGCCAGGCGGCCGCCAUCGCCACUUCCGCCGGAAGCGGAAGAGCGCGGGCCGCAGGAGCAUGGAGCGCCGCCGGCGCGGAGCUCGCGGCCCCGGGACCUUGGCGGCGGAGGCCGCGCGGAGAGGUGCGGGGGCGGCGCGGAGAGCAUGCCUGGAGAGCGAGGGGGCCGCGGAAGGGCGCGCCCCGCAGGGCAGGUUCCCGUGCCCGCUUGCCAUGUGGGAGCUCGGGCACUGCGAUCCCAAGAAAUGCACUGGCAGGAAACUGGCUCGAAAAGGGUUUCUCCGAACCCUGCGCCUGCGCCAGAGGUUUCCGGGUCUCGUCCUCAGUCCUCUGGCUGCUGAGUACGUCUCCCCAGCUGACAGACAUGUCAUUGCUCAGAGUGGAAUUGCAGUCAUAGAUUGCUCAUGGGCCAAAUUAGAAGAAACUCCCUUUCAGAGAAUGAGAGGAGGUCGUCUACGGCUGCUGCCUUACUUGGUGGCUGCAAAUCCUGUGAACUAUGGUCGGCCGUGCAAGCUGUCCUGUGUGGAAGCUUUUGCUGCAGCUUUUUGCAUUGCUGGAUUCCCAGACCUAGCUACCAUUCUUCUACAGAAAUUUAAGUGGGGCAAGACAUUUAUUGAGUUAAACAAAAGUCUGUUGGAGAAAUAUGCAGCCUGUCAUUGCCAAGAAGAAGUGCUGAGAGUUGAAAAGGACUUUUUAGCCAGUGUCCAAGAAAGAAAAGAUGAAGAAAUAGAUCCAUUUGAUGUUGACUCAGGAAGAGAGUUUUCUAAUCCAAACAGACCAAUCAAUUCCCCAGGAGCAGCAGAAAGUAGCGACGAAUCUGAGGAGGACAAUGUGGGUAUUCCAGAUGAUACCACUGAAACCAGUGAUGAAAGCAGCUCAGAAGAUCAUGGUACUUCAAAGUUGCCACACCAGCAGCCAAUAAAGUUUGAGAAGUAAAAAAACUCAGACCCCCAAAAGAAAGAACACCCCCAAACUAUCCCAGAGUUGUACCAUUCCUUAUAAAGAGAUUUUCUUGUAAACAGUUAA